UCCCUGGGACCAAUUUGUUUUGAAUUCAUCUGCUUCAGAGUUCUAGAAAUUGUGGAAUCAACUGAAAGAACUAUUUGUCUCAGAGUUGGGGAAUUGACCACCUGGCGGGAUAAGGAGGUGUUCAGUGGUGGAAAUGUGUGAGAGACACUCCUGAGUGAAGGAGCAGUCUGAGCCAAAGUCCAGAGGGGAAUAAGCAGGGUCUGUGGGAACUGGCAUGCCCAGGGCUGAAAGGUGUGUGAUGGAUGGGGAGGGAGAUGGAGCUGGAAAGAGAAGCAGGAUCACAUAGCGGGGAGCUCCCAUAGGGCCUGAUGAUGCCCAAAAAACGUUUAUUGAAGAAACAAAACAGAGAUGGUAGGAGCCAAAGGAGGAGGUUUGGACCACAUGGUUCUUCUGAGCCCUUUUGUUCCCUGACAACUAGGUAAGACACUUCUUAAGGGUAGGGCUGUCCAAUGCUCACUGUCCUCCCUGCCCCACUCCCCACUGGAAAAUAGCUCCCUAACAACUGAAAACACAAGUAGAACCUCCUGAGGGUGUAAGGACCCUUUCCUGGGGGCUGUCCUGUGAGUUUACCACACAAAGUUGGGUACAGACAAUUCUAUGGUGGACCAGUCUUUCAUGGAAGACAACAUGCUCAUGAGAUGUCACAAGAUGGAGUCCCUUAUUCCAUCAACUGCCAACCACUCUACCAGCACCAGCCCUACAAUUCCUGAUUGCUCAGAACCUGGUGACUUCAUCUUUAAAGAACAAUGGGUCUGGGGCAUUCUGGGGACUCCCAUUGGUGGGCAGAGUAGUGGUGAGUUCACUCUUUUCAGAGCCAUAGGCCUGGUAACCAGAGUGAACCUUAUGGAUUCUCAAAAGGAGGACCUGGGCCUUCCUGGCCCGUGGAUCCCAUGGUACUUCGGAUUUUGGGGGCUGUGCAGUCUGAUAACUGGUGGCUGCGUCCCCUUAAUACAUUGGAGGAAGAACCUGAGGAGGAGGGAGCGUGCCCAGCAGUGGGUGGAGGUGAUGAGAGCUGCCACAUUCAGUUACAGUCCCCUGCUGUACUGGAUCAACAAACGACGCAGAUAUGGCAUGACUGCUGCGAUCAGAAUAGGCCCUACCAGGGCUGUUGCCAAUACUGACAUUCAACUCCAAAUUCCGGAUCUUCCAUCAGGGCCGCACCCCCGCGAAGACAGGCGUCAUGCCUUCAGAGGCAGCAGCCCUGAGACAGAAGCCCCUGUUUCCCUCCAACCUGCUCUGGUGGUCCCACCGCAGCCCUCACCUAAUGGGAUACAGAGCGCCAGACCCCAUCCCCUUUCCCGAUUGUCUUUCCAGAGAUACCCUCUGCCCCACCCCUCCGCACCCUGAACUUUCCUCCCAUGAUGUCCCACUCUGCCUCCUACCCCUUUCUUGAGGGUCCUGAAAGGCAGGUCUUCUAUUCCCUUCCCACACUGGCCCAAGGGGUGAACUGACCCAAUGUGAAUACUUUUACUUCAGGGUCAUAGACUCCUCUCACUGAAAGUGAGAGAUUCAGGGGCCAGGUAUUAGGAGUUAACCUCAAGCAUCUGAUCAUGACACAGAGGUCAGAGCCCAUUUCGUGUUAAUUAGUAAAAUUUUUGAAAAGUCA